CCGCCAGUUCCCGGCGUUCCGCGGCCGCGGCGGAGCUGGCGGUGGCUGCAGCUGCAGCUCCACGCUCCGCCCGCUCCUCCUGCCAGCCCGGCCGGCCCUGCAGCUCCGUGUGCGCCCCGCUUCCCUCCGCUCCACCCCGCUCCGUGCCCCUCCGGCCGGCCCUGCAGCUCCGUGUGCGCCCCGCUCCACCCCGCUCCGCGCCCCUCCGGCCGCCCCAUGGAGCUGCUGUGCGUGGAGUCCGCGCCCCGCGUGCCCCGCGCCGGGCUGGACCCGCAUCUGCUGGGGGACCGGCGGGUGCUGCAGAACCUGCUGAGCCUGGAGGAGCGCUACAGCCCGCGCGUCUCCUACUUCCAGUGCGUGCAGCGCGACAUCCAGCCCUACAUGCGGAGGAUGUUGGCCUUCUGGAUGCUGGAGGUGUGCGAGGAGCAGAAAUGCGAGGAGGAGGUUUUCCCUCUGGCCAUGAACUACGUGGAUCGCUACCUGUCCUCGGUGGCCGUGCAGAAGAGCCACCUGCAGCUGCUGGGCGCGGUGUGCAUGCUGCUGGCCUCCAAACUGCGGGAAACCAUGCCCCUGAGCGUGGAGAAACUCUGCAUUUACACCGACAACUCGGUCACGCCGCAGGAGCUGCAGCACUGGGAGCUGCUGGUGCUGGAGAAGCUCAAGUGGGACCUGGUUUCGGUGAUCGCCAACGAUUUUGUGGCUCACAUCCUGCACCGGCUGCCGCUGCCCGCCGACCGGGCAGAGCUGGUGAAGAAACACGCGCAGACCUUCAUCGCYCUCUGCGCCACAGAUCACACCUUUGCCCUGUACCCCCCGUCCAUGAUCGCCACCGGCAGCAUCGGCGCCGCCAUCCACGGGCUGGGGCUGCCCCUCAACGGCUGCGGCGGAGAGGAGCUCACCGAGCUGCUGGCUGGCAUCACGGGCACCGAGGUGGACUGCCUGAAGGCCUGUCAGGAGCAGAUCGAGGCGGCCUUAGCCGAGAGCCUGAAGCAGGCGUCGCAGUCACAGCAGGAAUUGAGCUCCAAGGCGGCGGCAGCGUACGGGGGCAGCCAGCCCACAAGCACCCCCACGGAUGUCACCGAUGUCAACCUGUGACCAGCGCCCUCCCGACAGCUCCGGCCACCCCCAGCUCGCCACAUCACCCCAUCCCAAGCCGGGGACGCGGAGCAGAGCCGGGAUGGAGUUGGGAUUGUUUCUGUGUUCACCGGGACUCAGCUCCGCGAGGGACACAAAUCACAGAGCCAGUGCUGCCGGAGCUGGAUCCUCAUCACCCCCGGCUCCUGCAGCCACGGGGCUCGUGGAGCAGCUGCUUGGUGGCUCCUCGGUCCCGAUGGCUUCGUGCCACGUCCCCGCAGCUGCUUCUGCUUGGAGAGGAGCUGUGGGGUUYGCUGGUUUUCGCUGUCGGAUUUGGGGUUUUGGGAGGGCUUUGGGAUCGGGUGCCGUCCCCUCGGCUUUUCCGCUGGCCCACCGGAGGCUGCUUAAUUUAUUUUUCACUGCUGGGAAACGGGGAGGGAGGAGACCUGGCAUUCCUCGGGGUGGUGCCGCUCUCCUCUCCUUCCCAAAAAAAAAAAGUGCCUUCCCCCUUCGCCCCUUCCCCUGGCUCCCUGGGCUUUGGGAGAUUCUYGCUCGUUGGCCCUUUUGUAGUUUAGGCAUCAGACUAGGAUUUCAAGAUUUAAAAAAAUUUAAGGAAAAACUUUGAACGUGCUGCUAUGGUCUGGGAUGCAUCUCCACUCUUCCAGGGCAGGGAUUUCGGAUCACACUCAGCAGGGAGGGGGGUCCGAGCCGCCUCCUGAGAGGGUGGGAAAACUUUGCUGCGCACUUGAGUUGGGAAAAGCGAUUUUACUGCAUUUUUGUAUUGUUGUCGUUGAUCCCGUUAAGUUUUUUGUAUUAAAAAAAAAGUGUUUUAAAAUAGAAAAAAAAAAAUAAUGCUGCUUUUCUAUGAGGAAAAACCAUUACAGAGUGGAACGAAGCAGGAGAAUCCGGAGGGAUUCUCUGGUUCCUCUGUGGGAACCAGAGGCAGACGCUGCUGCUGCCGCCACCUGAGGAUCUCUGGUGGCUCCGUGGCUGUGGUCCUCCCGUGGGAGGAUGUGGAAAAUGAGGUCRAAAUCUUCUUUUUUGGAUGCCACCAGCCACACAAAAAUCAGGCGGAAAAAGGUGGGGCUGCUGCUCCUCCCUGAGGUUGCCUCGUCCGGAAACUCACGGAGCCACUGCUGCCUCCUGAGAGCAGGAGGGAUGGGACGGAGCCUGACUGUGCAAAAAGGAAAUGUGGUUUUUGKUUUUUUUUUUAAUAUAAAUAUAUAUAAAUUGAGUUUUUAAUUUAAGAGUAAACUGGUUUGGUGUUCCCGCUGCCAGAGAACCCUGUGAUGUUGCAAUAAAGGAUUUUA